AGAAAGUCACACCAAAUAUGAAAUACUGAAGGCUGCUGAAGAAACCUCCUGUGACUUGGAUGACAAACACACAGUUCCAGAGCCCUAUCCCGCUGACUGCCCAAAACCGCUCCAUAAUAACCCAAACCUCCAAUGCACCGACACAGACAAACCCGUACAACCCGAGACUCAAAUCACCAAGGACAGUGACACCCGUUGCGAUGAAGAAAAAGGACCCUCUGCUGUCUCUCCCCUCACCUCCACCCCCGCCCUCACCCACCGAGACAGCUCCCAAAGGACCUCGGCAAGCGUCAGAAGGGCUCUGUUCGCCCGGAGACGAUUCCAGCCCACCGCCCUCUGCACAGGCUCCCCCCAACCUCCAGAAAAAGAGCCGUCUCCGCCCCCCUCGUCCCGCUCCCCCGUGCCUGUGUCGGCCUGCUCCUCUCCGGGUUGUCAUGUCAGCAGCUCCUCAGAGGGGCUGGGGCCUCCUCCUCCUCCUAGGUGCCUUCUCACAAGAAUAG